AUGUCUGGGAGGCGAAUGCGGUCCAGAGGAGCCGCUCAGCGCUCUGGGCCAAGGGCACCAUCUCCUACUAAGCCUCUGCGGAGGUCCCAGCGGAAAUCAGGCUCUGAACUCCCGAGCAUCCUCCCUGAAAUCUGGCCGAAGACACCCAGUGUGGCUGCAAUCAGAAAGCCCAUCAUUUUAAAGAAGAUAGUGGCCCAUGCUGUAGAGGUCCCAGCUGUCCAGUCACCUCGCAGGAGCCCUAGGAUUGCCUUUUUCUUGGAGAAAGAAAAUGAGCCCCCUGCCAGGGAGCUUACUAAAGAGGACCUUUUCAAGACACACAGCAUCCCUGCCACCCCCACCACCACUCCUGUGCCCAACCCUGAUGCCGAGUCCAGCUCCACGGAAGGAGAGCUGGACGCCAGAGACUUGGAAAUGUCUAAGAAAGUCAGGCAUUCCUACAGCCAGCUGGAGACCCUGGGCUCUGCCUCCACCUCCACCCCAGGCCGCUGGUCCUGCUUUGGCUUCGAGGGGCUGCUGGGGGCAGAAGACUUGUCCGGAGUCUCACCAGUGGUGUGCUCCAAAUUCACUGAGGUCCCCAGAGUCUGUGCAAAGCCCUGGGCCCCAGACAUGACUCUCCCUGGAAUCUCCCCACCACUCGAGAAACAGAAAGGUAAGAAGAAGAAGAUGCCAGAGAUCUUGAAAAUGGAGCUGGAUGAGUGGGCAGCGGCCAUGAACGCGGAGUUUGAAGCUGCUGAGCAGUUUGAUCUCCUGGUUGUAUGA